AUGUGUCCACUACGCAUCAAUGGCUCUCCAAAUGGAAACGUCAAAACGCUGGAGUCAGCCGGAACCAUAUUCGAGGCUGAAGAUUCCGAUAUCCUCCUGAGGAUUAUGGAAAGACCCAGAGCGAUAAAUGUAUCCUUUGAAGAAAGGCCUUCCAAUGAACUUUUGAGUAACCACUUCGAAUGCCUGUCUCCACAUGGUAGAAGGUCAGGGUUUAAUUCCCCUAGAUCAUAUACAAGCUUUGAGGCACACGCCAUGGUAGGUGAGGCAUGGGAGAAUAUGAAGCGCUCCAUUGUUUACUAUCGUAGACAACCUGUUGGAACUGUUGCUGCAAUGGACCAUUCUGUUGAAGAACUCAAUUAUGAUCAGGUUUUUGUUAGAGAUUUUGUUCCAAGUGCUUUGGCUUUUUUGAUGAAUGGGGAGGAAGAGGUAGUGAAGAAUUUCCUUCUGAAAACUCUUCAUUUACAGUCGUGGGAGAAAAUGAUAGACCAGUUCAAGCUAGGAGAAGGAGUAAUGCCAGCAAGUUUCAAAGUGAUCCACAACCCCGUGAGGAACAGGGAGAUCUUAAUAGCAGACUUUGGUGAGAGUGCGAUAGGGAGAGUAGCGCCUGUUGAUUCUGGGUUUUGGUGGAUUAUAUUGCUUCGUGCAUAUACAAGGCAUACGGGAGACUCAUCAUUGGCCGAAAUGCCGGAAUGCCAAAGGGGUAUGCGACUUAUACUCACUUUGUGUCUUUCAGAAGCCUUUGAUACUUUCCCAACUCUUCUCUGUGCCGAUGGAUGCUGCAUGAUUGACCGCAGAAUGGGUGUAUACGGCUAUCCAAUCGAGAUCCAAGCGCUGUUCUUCAUGGCCCUAAGAUGUGCAUUGCUUUUAUUAAAACAAGACCAAGAGGGGAAAGAAUUCAUAGAACGUAUAGUUAAACGCCUCCAUGCUUUAAGCUUUCACAUGAGGAAUUACUUUUGGCUGGAUUUGAAGCAGCUAAAUGACAUAUACCGCUAUAAAACAGAGGAAUACUCUCAUACAGCGGUGAACAAGUUCAAUGUGAUGCCUGAUUCACUUCCAGACUGGGUGUUUGAUUUUAUGCCAACCCGAGGUGGCUACUUCAUUGGAAAUGUCAGCCCUGCAAGAAUGGAUUUCCGUUGGUUCUGUUUAGGCAAUUGUGUGGCGAUUUUGUCAUCUUUGGCAACUCCAGAGCAAGCUUCAGCCAUAAUGGAUCUUAUCGAGUCGCGUUGGGAUGAGUUGGUGGGAGAAAUGCCAUUGAAGAUAUGUUAUCCAGCUCUUGAAAGCCAUGAAUGGAGAAUCGUAACGGGAUGUGACCCCAAGAAUACCAGAUGGAGUUAUCACAAUGGAGGAUCCUGGCCUGUGCUUCUAUGGCUGCUCACAGCCGCUUGUAUAAAGACGGGGCGCCCACAAAUUGCGAGACGUGCCAUAGAACUUGCUGAAAAUCGGUUGUCGAAAGACCACUGGCCUGAGUACUAUGAUGGAAAGACGGGGAGAUAUAUCGGGAAGCAAGCUCGUAAGUUUCAGACAUGGUCAAUUUCAGGGUAUUUGGUAGCCAAAAUGAUGCUGGAAGACCCAUCUCAUCUGGGUAUGAUUUCACUGGAGGAAGACAAACAGAUGAAGCCCCUCAUGAAAAGAUCUACUUCCUGGACUUGUUGAUACUUGCUUAUUUCUUUAAAAUAUGCUCUCACUUAC